CUGACGUUUUCCAGCACUAGAAUUGAAAGACGAGCAAUUUUUUUUAUUAUGGCACUUGCGCGGCUAGCAAACAAUAUUCGCUGAUUAAUAUCUGUUGGAAUUCGCUGCCAAACGUCGAGGACUCUUCAAGUUAAAGUUCCUGCAUAACAGGACUGCCGCAAAGGAAGCGGAGUGCCGGAGUCCAGUCAUUUAUUCCCCCGCCGCCUUCUCCACCACCACAAAACGAGGAGACGCCGAUCGAAACAUAAAAUUUGUGCAAAUAGCUAAAAUCCACACAGUCCGCCAUCGAAUAUUAUGAAAUGGCAUCAGCUUCAAAUGUCUUGUCUUGUGUUAUCUGAAAGUGUGUUAACGUAUGCGAUACGAUUUAGGUAUAAUAGAGUCCUGUAAAGGCUGAGUUCAAUUGUAUAUUCAUAUUCCAAAUCCCCUGCAUUUGAUCAAGAGCAUUGCCUCAGACCAAAAAGUAAUACCAUUUACCCAAGAGGAACUUGUUGCUUGAGGCUUGGUUGUAGGUCAGUGCGAAGAGGUGGCUGAUCCGGCGGCAAAGAGUGCGCAACAGGCGACGACCGGCGACGAUACAAUGCCCUCGGCCAUCAGUGGCGCGGCACACGGCCAAGUCCACAUACCGAGCAACGAGGAGUGCGGCAUCCGGGACGUGUGGAAGCAUAACCUGGAGGAGGAGUUCCGCACUAUCCGAAAGGUGGUGCAGAAGUACCACUAUGUGGCCAUGGACACAGAGUUCCCCGGCGUCGUGGCUCGACCCGUCGGCGAGUUCCGCUCCACGGCGGACUACCACUACCAGCUGCUGCGCUGCAAUGUCGACCUGCUGCGGAUCAUCCAAUUGGGUCUGACUUUCAUGGACGACGAAGGAAAAACGCCGCCCGGCUACUCGACCUGGCAGUUCAACUUCAAGUUUAACCUGAGUGAGGACAUGUAUGCGCAAGACUCGAUCGAUCUGCUGCAGAACUCUGGUAUCCAGUUCAAGAAGCACGAGGAAGACGGUAUUGACCCCAUUGAGUUCGCCGAGCUGCUGAUGAGCUCCGGCAUCGUGCUGGUAGACAACAUCAAGUGGCUGUGCUUCCACUCGGGUUACGACUUUGGCUACCUUUUGAAGCUGCUCACCGAUCAGAACCUGCCCGCGGAUGAGGGCGACUUUUUUGAGCUGCUGCACAUCUACUUUCCCAACAUCUUCGACAUCAAAUAUCUUAUGAAGUCCUGCAAGAACUUAAAGGGCGGCCUGCAGGAGGUGGCCGACCAGCUGGAACUGCGGCGCGUUGGCCCCCAGCAUCAGGCCGGUUCCGAUGCCUUGCUUACGGGCAUGGCCUUCUUCAAAAUGCGUGAGAUGUUCUUCGAGGACAACAUCGACCAUGCUAAGUACUCCGGACACCUAUACGGCCUGGGCACCUCGUUCAUCGUCAACGGCACCAACUUCCACGAGAGCAACGGCGAGACGAACAGCGCCUCAUGAUUCGUGCUAAUGGGUAACGUGGUCGUGCACGACCGGAAGGUAGAGCAGGAGGGCUCUGCAGCGGGUCCGCCGGCAUCUGUGCAGGCCACACCACCUGGCCAACCAGUCCUCGCCGCCGCCACCACACCUUUGCAAUAAUCUGCCAGCAGUCACUGAACGUUCCCAUUUAUACAACAUUUACCCCGUUAGCCAUAUAGCUACUCUCUUGAUGUUCCCACGCAAGUUCAGAAAAAAACACAACCGUAAAAUACAAAUAAUGGCAUACAACUAAUUGUAAAUCGCUUAAUUAUGAGAGAACCCAGCAAAACUAUAAUAGAUUCAAUUUCAAAUUCUGCAUGUCUUAAAUGUGUUACGAAUACAAAACUAAGGUAAAUAAGCUAAUAUUGUAAGCCAAAGGGCAAAAUAGAAUAUUGUGUACUUGUAAAAAAAAAACAACAGAACAAUAUAUUUAAAACUUUUUAAUUUAGUGUA